UUUUUGUUACAAUCUAAAAUUUCAAGUCUUUUGUUGUCCUUCGUCUUGUCAUUGUGGCCGCGGGUGACGUUGCGCAGAUACGACGUGACGCAGGACGAGAGCACGGGCCGCACCAUGUACCUCCGGCCGCUGAGGGACCACCUCGACCAGCGCGUCCUGGAGAAGGACGCCGACGACGCCGUAGUGCGCACCCGAUGGCACCUGGACGCGACGCCGCGCGUGCCGGACGAGGACGAGCCGGCCGACGACCUGGCGGCGGCGACCUGGGGCCACGGCCUCUUCCUGGAGGGCCAGGUACCGCUGGCGGUCACCACCCCGGACGGGUGCAAGAUCAUCGAGCACGACCCCUCCGACCCCCUCGACAUUCUAAAGUAUAAGGUGGAAGAGAGCUUUGGUAUUCCGUUCGAGCUACAGACUGUCAGAGGCUCCGGUGGCAGGAUUCCUGUGAAGGGCGCCAAGGUGGCCAAGCUGUUCCCCAAUAUUGGCCGCCUGUUCCCCAGGGCGUACGUCUGCACCGAGCAGCACCGUUCUGGCCCCAACCUGUGGUUCUACGUACAGCUCGUCGAACAGUCACGCAAUCAUGGCCGACCCUUCUUCCUCGAGGCCAAGUCGUCCGACACGGUGGCCAGCGUGUGGCGUCGGGUGCGCCGCCGUCUGCGCCUCAACCACCCCGAGUGGCUGUACGAGCUGCAGCAGGACGGCGCCCCGAUGGAGAAGUCCCGGACGCUGCAGGACCUCGGCGUGGCCUGCCUGUCCACGCUGACGGUGGCGGAGCGCGGCUGCGUCGAGUUGACGGUGACGGUGCGGCUGUCCGGGCCGGCCGAGAGGGACCCAGUGGUCGUGACUGUGCGCGCCGACCCCAGCGACCGCGGCCAGGAGGUCAGGCGUAGGAUCAAGGCCAAGCUGAAGGUCUCCAAAGACCGCAGGGAAUUGGAGUUGUUACUCAGUCCUCAUAGGCAGCGCCAGCGAGGCGUUGUUUUACGGCGUUAUCAUCUCUUCGGCCUGUAUCUAGACGAGGGCCGACUAGUAGACGAGCAUGCUCCUCUGGCUGAGAGUGGCCUCCCUUCGCGAGGAUGCGCGGAACUUGUCCUCCGUCAUCGCGGCGACAUCCAAGUACCAGUCAGGACUGAUGCUGGGUGCUUGCUCGUGUGGACCAGCCUGGAUGACCGAGUAACCGACGUGCUCAAAAAAGUGCUCGACCUGCACCCGUUUGAGGGCCGAUUCUAUCAGCUACGGCUAGGGGGAGUGGUGCUCGAGCCCGAGGUCUCCCUGAGGCGGGCUGGCGUGGACGCGAGCUCUGUGCUGACGCACGAGAAGUGCGACAAGCUAGACCUCCGCGUCUCUUCAGUGUAUUACCAUCUCGGCCUCCGAUUCUCCCCUUUCGCGGAGUGUAGCGAUGAAUACGUUGUCUCGUGCGCGCCCUCCGACACUGUAGAGGAGCUCAAACGGGUGAUUAUUGAGAAGGUCCUUUUCUCUGGAGACGUUGAAAAAGUGAAACUCGGACACGACGGCAAGCUGCUAGCGAACGAGCGAACAUUGUGGGAAUACGGCGUCCGUUCUGGAAGCAAAGUGCACAUCCUCGACUGUCGGACUGUCAACGAGUAUGCAGUUGGGGCAAACUCCUGGCGACCUUCUGUAUCCGAGCUUCUCGAUGAUGUUCUAGGGAAAAGGAAAGUGUGCAGUGCUUGUACGAGGGCCCCGUGCGCGUGCAUCUGGGUGCAUAAGGUUAUGGACGAGCUUCUAGUGGCGGAGACGGAGUCGAUGGUGGUUGAGCAUGAGAUGGCCGACAUUGACGAUAUCCUCCCUGGACUCACGGUGGGUGAGAUCGUGCCAGGGUUCCGGGAAGCAGGAGCACUUCCAACAAUGAGUGUAGUGCAUUUCGCCUGCGAUCAAGACCGAAGCAACAGCGACUUCGAGUUCGAGAUCUUCAUCGACGAGGAGCGUUGGCGCAAGAUAGGGAUGGCCGCGUCCACCACCGCCUGGGACCAGCAGGCGGCUGACGGCGACCACCAGCAGGUGGCCACGCGGUGGCGACGCGACCGGCCCUCCGCCGAUCUCCACCUGCAGGCACCUCUGCCUGUAAAGAUAGUGGGCUUCUUUGUGAUUAUAAUAUCCAGCUGGGUGGAGUCUCUGGUUAAAUGGUUGAGUGUGCCGGUGGUGGGCCGCCAUCCGUGUCUUUAACACCCAGAAAAUGCUUAUCCACCAAGAAAGAAGUUCUUAGAAUUUAGGUUUACGUAAGUUAACAUAAGUUUUUGUUACAUUUGUACUAACCAGUAAGACAACUCCGAUCUGAGCCCCCUUCCUUGUGUAAAAUGUGUCAAUGUCCCAUUCUAUUAAACCAUUUACUUGCAAA